GCGUUCCUAUGUAAACGAGUCCCCAUCUCAAGUUCCGACCUCCCCCUGUUAUCCCCUCGCUCUUUCUCUCUCUCUCGUUAUGCCUCCGGCGGCUAGAUUUCUUCAGACGAACUCCGGAUACCUCCCGGUGGCGGAGCCGCCGGAUCCCCUGGCAGUGGACUCUGACGUGGUGGUGGUCCUGGCGGCGCUUCUCUGUGCCCUGGUCUGCGUGCUAGGUCUAGCCCUGGUGGCGCGCUGCGCCUGGCUGCGGCGGCCAUCCGGCGACCCAUCCGACUUGGGCGGCAGCGGGGCACCAUCGCGUCCACCUCCGGACAAGGGGCUGAAGAAGAAGGCACUCCGCUCCCUCCCGAAGCUCUCCUACGACGGCGCAAUCGCCGUCCCCGGCGGGAGGCUCGCCGACUGCCCGAUCUGUCUCGCCGAGUUCGUGGAGGGCGACGAGAUCCGCAUCCUCCCGCCGUGUGGCCACGGUUUCCACGUUGCGUGCGUCGACACGUGGCUGGGUUCCCACUCCUCCUGCCCCUCCUGCCGCCGGAUUCUCGUCGUCGCCGCUGGCGCCCCUUCGUGGUGCCGCCGCUGCGGGGCGAGCUCAGACACCGCUGCCUCCUCGUCCGCGGCGGCGGAGGAGGAGGGCGGCGGCAAGGCCAGGGAGGACGGUGACGCCAACAGGUUCCUUCCCUGAGUUCCGCCUUCCUCUCAUUACUUUCUUUAUCAAAAAGAAUUGUAGUUAUUCCCCCAGGUUUGUUGUUUGGAAUUUAGAGUGGUGGUGGGAUUAGAAAUUUAGAAGCUGAAAUGAUGUUGAUUGUUAUUGUAUGUUAGGAUUGCUGUAUAAAAUGAGUAGAAUUUAAGGAUUAACAAAAAAGUUACAAGAAAGAGUUCAAGUGA